AUGGGAAAUCAUCAAACAAAUUCAAGACGUCAACAUCGUCUAAGUGAAUGUGUUGGUUUUAAUAGACACGAUAGUGAUGAUGAACAUUUAGUUACAAUACAACAAAGAGAACGACGAAUUUCGACAAAAAGUGCACCACCACUUGAUGAAUUAAAUAUAACAAUGCGUCCUAUUGAUUCUACAUUGAUUACUUUCUCAAUACCUGUUUUACCUUUUGAUGCAUAUGCAAGUGUUGCUGGUACUUUUACAGAUUGGAUUGAACAUAAAAUGACUAAAUCAAAUGGUGAAUUUAAAAUAGAUAUGCGAAUACCAUAUGGUAGUCAUUAUUAUAGAAUUUUAGUUAAUGGACGAACACGUUUUAUACCAAAUGAAACAAUUAAAUGUCAUACAAAAUUUGGUCGUGUACAUUUUAUUGAUGUAAAUGCAAAUUAUCAAAAUGUAAAUAAUUCUUUAGAACAACCAAUUUUAUCUCUUCAUAAAUUAAAUAGAUGGACACAAGAAAUAAAUAAUCAAUUUAUAAAAAGUGAUCAACCGCCACCACCUCAUAUUCCACCUCAUCUACUUAAUAUUCUUCUCAAUCAAGAAUUACCUGAUCAUUGUGAUCCUGAUAUUCUUCCAGAACCAAAUACUGUUAUGCUUCGACAUUUAUAUGCUUUAUCAAUUCAAAAUGGUAUUAUGAUAUUAAGUACAAUAAUUCGAUAUAAACAAAAAUUUGUUACAAUAUGUUUCUAUAAACCAGAUUAA